AUGAGAAGACGAGGAAUUUCAUAUCUUAUAUUGUUAACUUUAUUAAUAUCAAUAAUAAAUCCAAAUGAUGAACUCUUACUUUCUGUGAAAGCAGAUGAUUCAAAUGUUCUACCUUCAAGUAGCAGUAGCAGCAGCAAUGCACCCACAAACAUAAUAAUAACGUCUACUCAAAAUCAAAAUAUUCCACCUUCUAAUACACCAAGUCAAUCUCUUACAACAAGUAUAAAUGUAAUUGUAGGUUAUUAUCCAGAUUGGAGAUCUUCUCAGUUGGCCGUGAAUAAUUUAUUUUGGGAUAAACUAACACACAUUAAUUAUGCAUUCGCAACCUUGAACGAUGGAUUCGUGCCAAAUUUGCAGACUGCAUCAAUCUUGAGUACGUUAGUUUGGUAUGCUCAUGCAUCAAAUGUUAAGGUAUCAAUCGCAAUUGGUGGAUGGACAGGCAGUGCAUCGUUUAGCACGAUGGUCUCUAGUGCAGAGAAUCGCUCAGCAUUUAUCAGUGCAACAGUUGCAAUGAUAAAACAGUACAAUCUAGAUGGGGUUGAUAUCGAUUGGGAAUUUCCUGGAAGGAAAAGCCUACAGUGUAAUGUAGUUAACAGUCAAUCUGAUACUAGUAAUUUUCUAUUGCUAUUAAAUGGAUUACGAGAGGCUUUAGGUCAAGAUAAAUUGAUAACAUUAGCUGUUCGCGCCGAAACUUUUGAUGGUCCAAAUGGACCUAUUGCUGAUGUUAGUGGAUUUGCUAACGUUGUUGAUUGGAUAAAUAUUAUGGCAUAUGAUCUUAGCGUUGAUGAUGGAUCAGGAGAAGAUUGGACAAAAUUAACCGGACCGAAUGCUCCGUUUACGUCAACGCCUGGAAAAGGUCGUCAGCUCUCGUUUAUUCAAUCUGCAACAUCAUGGCUAAAAGCUGGAAUGCCUGCUUCAAAGAUAGUAAUGGGCGUGGAAUUUCUUGGACAUAGUCAAACGGCUUUACAACCAAUGACACCAGAUUCUCAAUAUGUACAGCGUGAUCCAACAAUCCCAAAAGGUGAUAUCAUUGAUGCACUUUGGUCACCACCUACAUGUCUAAGUGUUACGCCAGCAUUUUCCGGCAUAUGGCUUUGGAGAAAUCUACGACAACAAGGAAUUCUAAAAUGUACUUUAACAGCAAGCGAAGGGUGGAUUCGCACUUUUGAUAAUGUGACUCAAACCCCUUGGUUAUACAAUCCAAGCACAAAGAUGUAUAUUUCUUAUGAUGACCCGCAAUCACUUUCUGUGAAAAUUAACUACACGCGACAACAAGGUUUUCGUGGAAUGAUGCUUUGGGAAUUAACCACUGAUAAUGGGCAUGAAUUAUUAGAUGUGAUUCAAUUAUUGCGACAAAACACACCAAUUAUAGCUCCUGAGAACGACUGCAGUAGUGUUUCAUUAACCAGUAAUGGCGGUGGAACGACAGGAGGAGGAUACUAUAGCGAUUCUAGCAAUUCUAGCAAUUCAGGGAACAAGAAAAAGAAUUCACUUGGAGCAGGUGCAAUUAUUGGAAUCUCCAUCGGCAGUGUAUUAUUUGUAGCUUUAGCAGGCUUCGUAUUUUUAUGCCUUCGAAAAAGAAAGAACAGUAAAGCUGGGUUUUUUGCGAUAGGCUCUAAUCGACGACCUAGAAUUUCUGCAAUCCGACCAAUUUCUUCAGUCCCUAAAGCCCCUAAUGACAUGGUCGAGAUACCAAUUCAUAAAAAAUACGUGAUUGCCAUUUUUGAUUAUGAAGCGCGUGAAGAUGUAGACCUAUCAUUUAAGAAAGGAGAUUUGAUUGAAGUUUUGCAAAUAGGUGAUGGGCCGAAUGAUUGGUGGAUAGGGAAAAUCAAUGGUAAAAUUGGCGAAUUUCCUG